UAGCCCAAGCUGUGCCAUGGUUUCGCAAUGGUUUCGCAAAAGGGUGCCCAGGCAGGGCUUCGACGCCGCAAAGGAGACGGGAAGGAUCUUGGCCCUUCCCAGCGGACACCCCAAGUUGGCAGUCAAUGGUGGCUAGCGGUGUGUGCUGUCACAUUGGCCGCGAGUGCCCUGGCGGUCCUCGUCGUGCAUCCUUGGAGCGAAGCUUCCGCAAGGCUUCUGGAGUCGUUGGUGGACUCGCUGGGGAACGUGGUGGCUGCAGUGGAGAACGAGGAGCUGGGACUAAAGCUUUUGACCAGUGGCCCCUGUGUCAUUGGAGCCCAGUACUUGCAGGAAGACGUCAAAGAGCAGGCCGCGUUUACUGGAUUCGCCUUGCAGGAAGCAGUGCUAUUCGUGAACCGUUCCUUGAGGCACGUCUUACAACUGGGUUUGGGCGCUGGGGUGGUGCCCAACUAUUUGCGGCUGCAUGGAGUGAAGGUGGAUGUGAUGGAAGUCUCCGAGGUCGUGCUGCAGAUGGCGGAGAAGUACUUUGAUUUCAAUUCCUGCUGCGCUGAUCCCAGGGCGGAUCCGGGCUGCGAGGUCCACACGGUCAUGGCAUGUCGACAGCGAUAUGGCCACACACGUCUGGGUGAAGCAAGGGCGCUCCUGUUUGGCGACAGCAAGAGAUUCGAUGUGGUCAUCAGCGAUGUGUUCAUUGGUUCCAACCCUGGUCAUUUGCACAGUGUUGAAGUCUUCCAGCGCAUUCAACAGCACUGGCUGUCGCCUGCUGGAGUGCUCUUAGUCAACUUUGUUGGCUUUCACAGGGGCAACGGCAGCCAUAUCAGCCAAAAGCUGGCGCGAACAUUGCGCCAGGUCUUUUCUCAUACACGCUGCUACCGCGACGAGGACCCUGCAGAGAAGCUAGACAGUGCCGCAAAUUUGGUUUGCUUCUCCUCUACAGAGCCCUUUCGCUUUGUUGUGCCCAAGACGGGCGACUAUGGCGCUCCACCGCCCUUGUCCAGCUUUUGGAUCAUGAAGAAUUUUCAACUUUGGGAGGUGCUACUCCCCGAUGAUGGCGAAGAGAUCUUGCAGGACGCCCAGAAUGAGCUGAUGGAUCCUGGCUCUCAAGCAGACAUCCAAGCCCAUUUUUGGUCGCAUGCCCAGACCUUGAUCCCGCCCAGAGUGCCUUGCCUGCACCAAAUGCAAUUGCAUCAUACCCCAGAUGAUAGCCACUUGACAUAUUUAACAGGCCCAUCACAACAGCGACAAUGACAAACAGUUUGGCCCGGAGAAUCGCCCCUUUGUGAUUUGGAAAGUAGCACUUACAUACAACCAAUUGGCAGGGGUUGAUGUUUUUAUGGAGGAGGUGUAUGUUUGGAAUACUAGACAAUUUGUUCAUUCAAGCCGCAAGGGUGUUGCAGGUUUGGAACAAAAUCAAUUCAUCAAAAAAGACAGUGGCUUCUACUAAGAAUAAA